AAUAGAGCUUCUGUUGAAAAUCACAAGAGAAACCAUGGCAGAUAAGUACCAUGUUCGCUCAAUUAGUUUACCUUGUAGAUCACAUCCUAGCACCAUCAGAGUGGAGGAGGAGCUGAGCAAACUAAAAACUUGGGAAGGAACAUUCACAUCCACCUCAGAGUCCAUUCAAACUGGCCUAUCCAUGCUUCAAGAUUUGUACCUUUCCUUGGAUGAUCUUCUCAACAUGCCAUCCACCCAACAAGUGAUUUCCCAACACAAAGGUGACAAGUGCGUGGAAGAGGUGUUGGAUGGUUCCAUGAGAAUCUUGGAUAUAUGUGGGAUCACAAGGGACACCAUGCUGCAAAUUAAGGAAAAUGUCCAAGCCCUUCACUCUUCCCUUCGAAGAAGAAAAGGAGAUCCGAGUGUCGAAACGAGUGUGGGUGAGUACAAGUUGUUCACCAAGAAGAUGAAGAAGAAUGUCAAUAAGUUGAUCACAUCGUUAAAGCAGAUGGAUAGCAGAUUUGGGGUGUCCCCACUUUUGGAUCUUGAUCACCACCUUGCUGCUGUGAUUAGAGUGCUUAGGGAAGUCAUUAUAAUGAACUUGUUAGUAUUUCAGUUUAUUUUGUCAUUCUUGACAGUGUUUUCAACGAAUUCUAAGGCAAACAAAUGGUUGGUUGUGGCAAAAUUGAUGCAGAAGGGGAUCAAAGCAUGGGAAGACAACUCGGGGAAUGUGAACGAGUUGCAGUGUGUUGAAGUAGCUUUGAGUAGUCUUCUGAUUGAGGGCACUAAUGAUGAGAAGAUGCAGGUGGCGCAGGAAAAAUUGGAGACUUUGAAGAAUGCUAUUGAAAGAAUUGAGAAUAGUUUGGAGAGUGUGUUUAGGCGCUUGAUUAAGACUAGAGCUUCUCUUCUCAACAUAAUCUCCCAGUAGAGUAUUUUGGAUACGUAGCAAUUUUUCUCCAAAUCCUGCAAUGCGUCCAAAUUUUAGGGAUGUUAGAGGAAUGAAAAAUUUACCACAAUGAUUUCUACAUGUACACAGUUUAUAAGUAAUACAUAUUUUCAUCGCC